GAAAGAGUCCGAUAAAGCCUCCUCUCCAAGGCUCCCCCGCUCUCACUUCUCUCCCUCCCAUACCUUUGAACUCAGAAAAACAAUGGCUGCCGGCCUCUGCAAUCUCGCACUCCUCGCUCUGGCCAUUGCCUUCGGCGUUCAAGGAACCCUAGGAGAUAUUGCAUGUGAGAAUCUUGAUCAAGGAUCGUGCGCGUUCGCCGUGUCGUCCACGGGCAAGCGGUGCGUGCUUGAGAAGCAGGUGAGGAGGAGCGGGGAGGAGGGCUACACAUGCCGGUCCUCGGAGAUCGAGGCCGACAAUCUGAAGGACCACAUCGAGACUGACGAGUGCAUCGCCGCUUGCGGGCUCGACAGAAAGACUCUCGGCGUCUCCUCGGAUUCGCUCCUCGAGUCUCGCUUCACCCAAAAGCUCUGCUCCUCUGGGUGCUACGAAAACUGCCCCAACAUCGUCGAUCUCUACUUCAGCCUCGCCGCCGGUGAAGGCGUGUUUCUUCCCAAACUAUGCGAGGCUCAAAGAGGGAUUGCGCGCAGAGGAAUGGGUGAGAUCCGAAGCUCGGGGCACGUGGCUCCGGGACCAAUUCACUCUGUCCAGUUCAUAGGAGUCGCCCCAGCAACGGCGCCUUCUUACUAAUCGCCUUGCCUCUUUCUCCGAAGCACAUCGCUGCAGAAGUUAUGUCGAUAGAAUAGGUUAUACGGGUUUGUUUUGAUUUCAUUAUACUCCUCGAACGAUGGUUGCCGGGCCUGCGCGCUUUGGCGUGUCAUGGCGUCGCGCGCAUGCCGACAUGCAUUAGUAUUACUUAAAACUAUGUAUGCACAAUCAUUUUGGAUUGAAACACAAACAUAUAUGUACCUGCAAUAAGGUGCUCUACAGGAGCAUCAAAGUUUAUAUAUUGUUCCAAGUUGUGUGGUGUCUUUUGUUUCAGAUUAGUUCGUUGUGGAUGGCUUUUGGAAAUGAAUACGAAUCUAUAUAUCGUAUUCUGCAUA